AAUUGAGAAUUGAACGAUUGUAUUGGUUAAAGUAUCAUUCGAUUCUGGACCGAAAGUUAUGAAAUAUUUAUCACUUAGGAUGUCAUCUCUUUUUUAUAAAAAUAUGACGCCAUUGCGUAAUAGGAUGAGGAGAGCAAUGAAUAGAGCGCACGAGCUUUACGCUUCGAGCGGUUGUUUUUCCAACGACGGGGAGACGCUCGAUUCAAAUUACGCGCGCUGCGGCGCGCCGCUCGCGGCGUGGCUGCGCGUUAUGGCACCGCAGCGUCGCCCGGCGGCGUCCGGUACAGUUGAGCCGCGGCCCCGGCGGAGCGGAGCGGUGUAGCGAGUGUGAGCGAAUGCGCGAUCCGAGUGAGCGUACGAACGCGCUGCUGUUGCUGCUGCGUGCCAGUGCAACGCCAUUUUCUGCGUCCGCGGGUGGUGAAGUCGUUUCUCUCGAUCGGUCGGCCCGUCGCUCCGUGAUCGCGACGACGUGCCCGGCGGUCCGCCUUGAUCGUCGUUCCCGGCCGCCUUCGUCGUCCGCUGUUCCGCUCUUCCGUGCUGUGCCUGUGCUCGGCUUCCCCGCCCGGGAUAUGCGCGGACACGCGGCCAGCCGUGCGACGGAUACGAUGGUCUCGAGAGAACGGUGAGUGAGCUUUCGCGAGGAGCCAGGCGGAGCGAGCAGCCGAGCCGAGGAUGCCGCUUCCGAAAAGACUGGUGGAGCCCGUGCACGUGGCACGCGGUACCAUCCCCGACGACUUCCCGUUGCCGUCGGAGUUAGAGGCUGCCACCAAUGGCACCUUGGCCAACACUAUCAGACAACUGUCCAGCUUGUCUAGGCACGCCGAAGAUCUGUUCGGCGAGCUGGCGAGGGAGGCUCACGGGCUGAGCGACCGGGCCAAUUCACUACAAGCUAGGAUAGACCGUUUGGCUGUCAAAGUCACUCAGCUAGAUAGUAACGUCGAGGAAGUCUCGUUGCAAGACAUACACAUGAGGAAGGCGUUCAAGAGCUCCGUGGUGUUCGACCAACAAGUCGUCUCCAGGGACACGAUGCCAACGGCGAUGCUGGAGACGUAUCACCAGUGCGACACGCCGCCGCCGCUGGAUAAGCUGAAUAUUUACAGGGAGGACGGUAAGGACGGUCUGAAGUUCUACACCGACCCGAAUUAUUUCUUCGAUCUGUGGAGUCAGGAGAUGCUCAAAGACACGGAGAAGAAGCUGCACGACCGGGGAAAGAAGAGCGAGUCUGAAUAUGCCGAACCGUUCAGAGAGCCGCACAGGCCUCGGAACGAGGAAGGCGGCGGUGGAGGUGGCAGACACAAGAAGCGUGUGAGGCAACCUCACAACACGAGGGAACGGCAACGGCAGUUGGCCGUCGGUCAUGGCGAAUACAUCAUGCCGACCCAGGGCAUCCAGUACAGAGCGCCGCACAACGUGCCCGAUGAUGCGCUGUUGGGCAUGGUGAUGGCGGAACCGCGGCCACCGAGGCCCAACAGCAUCGAGCUGCAACGGAGCUACCCGCCGGAGGGACAGCACCUCUACAGCCCUCCGUCUUCCGAUCACUACAGGGCGACAAACUACGUGGCUCAGGGCUACGACGAGAACCUGUACGGCUCACAUUACGCGCCGGGUCAGGUGCCAGCUGGUAGCGAGACGUACCAGAGUCCCGGUGGUCAGAGCACGCCAAGCAGGGGUGGCAGAUCGCGGCCGUCGCAGCCACCGCCAGCACCGCCGAGUAACGCUUCCAGCAACUCUACGCCCACGGUAGCCUCCGCCAAUAAUACCCCCACGAGGGGAAGAUCCAUGAGCACCGGCAGGGAUACGUUGCCGCCGCCACCCCCGCCGCCCGGAGAGACCAUGUCUCCACCUUCCAUGAACGGUUCCAUACCGUCGCACUUGCUGAACAGAAACGGCAGUCGGUCGGACAGUCCCUUGCCGAGCCGACGCUCCACGCCGACGCCACCGAACCACUCGGGUCAGCUGGGCACGGACGAGACAGAUCCGGCACCCCAGGACCUUCCGCCGCCACCGCCCACUCCUGACCCCACUCCACCGAGGCCCAUCUCACCUCCGUGCAACAUCCCGCCGCCACCACCGCCCCCGCCGCCGCCACCGGUCGCCAACGGGCCCGUAGUGGCGCCGCUGACGAACGGCGACAUUGCGAAGAUGAUCGCGACCAAUCCGCCGAAGCUGAAGCCCCUGAAGAACAUCGUGGCGGAUGGUCAGCUGAGGAAACCCGUAAACCCGAACAUCCCGUUGGUCGACCCGCGGAACGACCUGCUAAAGGCGAUUCGCGACGGCAUCAAGUUGCGCAAGGUGGAGAAGAUCGAGCAGAAGGAAGUGGAACGCGUGAACGCGCUGAACGACGUCGCUUCCAUCCUGGCGCGCCGCGUCGCCGUCGAGUUCAGCGACAGCGACUCAGCCUCGGAGAGCGAGUGCGACAGCGAGGGAUGGGGCGAACAGGAGAGCAAUCUGGCGUGACCCAACUCUCUGCCAUCCGCCGCCACCGCCGCCGCCACUGCCUCCUAGGGAAAUGGCUGACGCGAUUCCCUCGAUUCUCUCGUGUCGCAGCCGAGCUACUCCGUCUCCGAGGACGUUCCGCGAGGACAUUAGCUUCUCGAACUCACGUUAGAUCGAGCGAGUCCGGAACUCUCCUCGGGACUGGAAUCGAGCGAAUCCCCGGUGCGCAGGCACGGCUCUCAACGAAGAUCGCUUGUCGCGGGGGACGCACGUCGUAAGGAUACGAUCUUAUAGAUUAAUUUAUUAGUUGCUCACACACACACACACACACACACACACACACACACACACACCAAAUGCGCAAACAAAGACAAUCUGUCGUUCAGUCUUUUUACAUUCGUUCCUCCCUAUCAUCGCCAUGUUGCAUUAAAUACGCGGGAACAACCUAAGAGGAAUUACAUCGCUUUCUCGUUAUCGGUUCGUCGAUUCCCUGAGAAAUUUCUUUUUAUCGACAGAAAGCAAAAAAUAUUUAAGCCCCGAAAAGGAGAGUGAAGAGAAACAAAUAUAUACAUAUAUUCGAUCUGUCGAGGUGUGAUGUAUCAUUCGUUAACACGUUGACUGUCAUGGGGUCGUCAAUGACCGGCUUUCUCUCUCUCUCUCUCUCUCUCUCUGUAACGCUGCAGCGCGUCUUGCUGAUUCAUGAAUAAAACGUGUUACCAUUUACACACGUUACAGACCGAAUGUACAGCCAAUGAAACGAGUCUUGAGGAAUAUUUACAUCGCGAAUUGCUCUUAUUUUCCUUUGGUGAUUGGAGCUUCAUUCGUGCAUCGAAACGAUCGAUGUGAAUCGACGGCCAUGGCGGUCAACGUGUCUAGGUAUCUCUGCGUUCCGACGAUUUUAUCGACGGGAUCGUCAGCCACGAGUCGUCUAUACCUGAGUCCGGAUGUACAACAGGUGUAGAGUAGUAAGCCUUUAGCUUUCCGCUCUAAGCAAUAGAACGUAACGUAACUUCUGGCGAAAAGCGUUUCCCGCGUUGCCACGAGUCGUGAUCACGCUUAAGUCUUGAGGAUUGCGACUUCUGCUAGCGCCGGAAAUGCUUUUUGCUCAAAAUUGCAUUAUUCUGCGUUAGCGUUUAGAGCGAAACGAUCGAAGGACCGUUUACGAUAGCCGUAAAGUAUGCAAUAAAACGUAAAGCAGUGAACUAGUUGACCAACCACGGUCGAUUAUUCUUGGGCUGAGUAAGAAUUCAAUUAGCUUACUGCUUACGUAGAAAAAAAAAUUAAAGUCUUAAAUCAAGAAUAGAUAUUCUCGUGUAUAAAUAAGAAUAUUAUCAUCUUCUUAGGAGACUUUUAGUCUCGAUCUGAUUGGAUUUAUAUUUUGAUGAAAAUAUUACUUAAACUCGAUUCAAAAUUAAGAAGCUUCUAAGAAGAUUGUGAUAUUCUUGCUUAUAUAUGAAAAUAUCCGUUCUUCAUUUAAGACUACUUUUUUUUUCUUUGUACGUUUUACCACACACUUCAUGGCUAUCGUAGACGGUCGUUAAAGUUUUAUUACUACGUCCAUUGUAGAUCCGGACUAGAUCUCUCUCACCCGUCAGUCAGCCCGCGAUCAUCGGCCAGCCGAUCGGACGCGUCGUUUUCAACAUGUAUCACGCGCGCGCGGUUUCAAUCUCACUCUCUCUAUUUCCGUAGGACGCUGUCGAGGACGCGCUAAUUGCGGCCAAUUUGGUCGUAGCGUAGCUUUCGUUACGGCAAAUCGCGCGGCACAGUUUCGAAGUGCAGCGAACGGAGACACACUCGCGAGCUCCCGGAGAAAACCGGGGUGCUGUUCGAAGAGGCGGAGGAAAAAUGUUUGACAGCGGCUGAACGCGCGUUUACCGGCGCACCGCCGGCCAUCUCGUAUCUCGAAGUGUCCAGGAUUCAUGUAAGAGAAACGGUUCUCGGGAUUCGCCCCUUAUUUCCCCGCAAUGAAAAUAUUAAUUACGGGAAAGAUCGAAUACGAAAGGAUUACAUUUUUAUCGUUGUAAUAUCCUGUACAAAUAAUGAAGUGAGAUUAAUAAAAAUCAUAAUUUACAGGCACUGAAUGGAUCAAGCUCUUGUCUACAGCCUUGUUUCAAGACGUAAGCCGUAAGUAAAUUGACCAACUACGAUCGAUCAUUUUUCUAACAAAUGACUGUGAUUGGACGAUUUGCUUAUUGCUUUUGUUUUAAAGCAAGGUUAUGGACAAGGGCUAAAUGUUAUAGUUUCUUGAAGAACGUAUUGAGUGUUUCAUCUUUCGCUUACGAUCCGUCACUUCUGAAUUGAACUAUUCCUUUGUUUCAGCAAAAUAUAUACUUUAAUUAAUCUUUAGAUUAUAUCAAUUUUAAUAAAAAAAAAUACACACAUCUUUCAGUUUCUGCUAGAAUAAUACGCGAAAAUCGAUAAAAUAUAUACAUAACAUACGUCUUUCGAGUCAUGUUUUUUCUACUUUACAAAAUAAGAUACAUCUUAAUUCAGGCAAUAGUUAAAAUAUAUAAGUUUUACAGGGUUCUAAAACAUAUGACGCAAUUACGAUGACAUUUGUAUUGUUUGAACGACCGUCGAAAUUAAACAGUUUAACACGGCGACUGCAAUUGCCCGUUCUCUUACACGUAUCCUGGAAGUGUCCACUGCGCGCGGGCGACAUUUCCGGCUCAUGCAGCCAUCGUCUCAGGAGUUCUAAUUUAGAAACUGCCGUGUGUAUCUUAAUGUUAACGAUAAUUUUAUUAUCUCACAAUUUCGUACCGAAACACGAAGACGCGUGCGUUAUAUCAAGUUUCCCUGUCGAAAUCGUUUCUCUUUAUGUCGCAUUCGUGUAAAUUUCGACGACGUAAGGUUCGUGAUCAAGCGGGGAAGCAUCAGGUAGAUCUUGCGAAAUUCGAUAACGACUUCGUACUUGUAACCGGCGCGUGUCGUUCGAGCUGUCAGCGGGAUGCUAACGCGCGCACACAGAGGUGAAGAGGAGAAAGCGGGCGGUCGGAACUUUGCCGAAGUCGUGGCUCGAUCGGCUCACCGCUCGCCAGGCAGAGCGACUUCCUUUUCCCGGCACAUUCCAUAGAGAUGUUGUACGACGUAUACGACGAUCGUUCACCCAUGUUAAUAAUAAAAAGGAGGAAUAAUAA